AUGAUCCCGGCGUUGAUCAUAGGCGCUCUCGCCUCAGCGACUCAGGCGAUUCACGUCAACGGCCCAACUGGACCUUACGCGGUUUCCAUGUCAGUGGAAGCCCUGACCGACGACAGCAGGCUCGACCCUUACGCCCCGGUCAACAACACGCAUGUGCGACGGCUUAUGACUUCGACUUUCCUACCCGUCGACAAGGCCAAAAACUCCUGUGAGAGUUUGAAAAGAGUCCCAUACAUGACGCCCCUCGUGGCCCAGGCCUACGAUCAGCUGGGCGUCGCUGUUGGCCUGCCCAACGGAACCUUCUCUUCAUUCGAGAUGGAAUUCUGUCAGCCGAGACCUCGUUCAUGCAAGCAGGCCCGCUCCAACUUCCCGUUGGUGCUUUUCUCUCCUGGCUGGGGCAACCCGCGGCUCCUCUACGGGGCUAUGGCUCGUGAGGUGGCUAGCCAUGGUUUUGCCGUCGUUACCAUCGACCAUUCUUACGAUCCUUCUUUUGUUGAGUUCCCUGAUGGAACUGUUUAUCAGGCAGUGAACCUCGACACCGACAAUACUACGCAGUUGGAAACUCUCACCCAGGUUCGAGCCGACGAUGUCUCUUUCGUACUCUCGCAUCUUCAAAAAAAUCCUAUCAAUGGCGUCAAUCUCAAACGCACCAUUAUGUUUGGUCACUCCUUGGGAGGUGCGACGGCUGCCGCCGCAAUGUUGCAAGAUUCCCGCAUCCUGGGCGGCAUCAACUUGGACGGCAAACUCCUCGACCCCGUACUCAAUGCAGGUCUCGAUCGUCCCUUUACUCUGGUCGGCCGGCCAGCGCACUCUGCCGACGAUCCGACAUGGGACGUCUUCUUCGCUGCUCUGAGAGGCCAGAAGGCUCUGCUGACGGUUAACAACACCACGCAUGGGGCGUUUACGGACUUCCCCAACCUCAUCUCUUCACUGAACCUUACUUUGCCCGAGGCUGCACGCUCUUUGUUGGAGAGCGAGCUUGGGAGUCUGGAGUUUGGCAGGAUCGGAAAGGUAAUUGCUGGGAUUGUCGAGGCUUUCUCUGAUUUGGUGUUGCACAAGCGGGUUAAGUCUGUCUUCACUAGGACUGGUGAUGCUGCUUUCCCGGAGGUUGUGGGAACUAGCAUCAAAGUUUGA